GUUGUCAGAAUUUCCCCAGACGCGGAGACUCCCGAGGAGGAAAAGCUGUGUGGCCCGAGGUCGCCGUGGCCCCAGGGGUGGUGGCCUCCGGGUGGGCUCUUCUCAUCCUGCCCCGUCUGCGAUGCAUCCGCGGCGCCCGGACGGAUUCGAUGGCUUGGGCUAUCGGAGUGGUGCCCGGGAUGAGCAGGGCUUUGGCGGCGCUUUCCCUGCAAGGUCCUUCAGCUCCGCGUCGGACCUGAGCCACUGGGUGACAACUCCCCCAGACAUCCCGGGUAGCCGCAACCUGCACUGGGGCGAGAAGAGCCCGCCCUACGGUGUGCCCCCUCCCUCCACCCCGCUCGAGGGUCCAGCAGAGGAACCCUUUCCCCGCGGCGGCGGCGGCGGCGGCGGCAGCGUGCCCGGGCAGAGCAGCGAACAGCUGAAUAGAUUUGCUGGAUUUGGUAUUGGACUUGCAAGUCUUUUUACAGAAAAUGUACUGGCCCAUCCCUGCAUUGUUCUACGCCGCCAAUGUCAGGUUAAUUACCAUGCUCGGCUUUAUCAUCUCACUCCAUUUACAGUCAUCAAUAUUAUGUACAGCUUCAACAAAACUCAGGGACCAAGGGCUCUUUGGAAAGGAAUGGGAAGUACAUUUAUUGUUCAGGGAGUCACACUUGGAGCAGAGGGAAUAAUCAGUGAAUUCACACCUUUACCAAGGGAGAUUUCACAUAAAUGGAAUCCUAAACAAAUAGGAGAACACCUUCUACUGAAAUCCCUAACUUAUAUAGUGGCAAUGCCUUUUUAUUCAGCAAGUCUAAUCGAAACAGUACAGGAUCUGUUUGGCUGCUGUAUUAAAAAUAAACUGGACUGGGAAGGGGGCCAGAGGCAGAGUGAGAUAAUUCGAGACAAUACUGGAAUUUUGGAAUGUAUUAAAGAAGGAAUUGGAAGAGUGAUAGGCUUGGGAGUGCCUCACAGCAAACGACUACUUCCGCUUCUUUCCUUGAUCUUCCCUACGGUGCUGCAUGGGGUUCUUCAUUACAUCAUUAGCUCAGUCAUUCAGAAGAUUGUCCUGCUAAUUCUAAAGAGAAAGACUUACAAUAGCCACCUAGCUGAGAGCACUAGCCCGGUGCAGAGUAUGUUGGAUGCUUAUUUUCCAGAGCUUAUUGCUAACUUUGCUGCCAGUCUUUGCUCUGAUGUUAUACUUUACCCAUUGGAAACAGUUUUGCACCGCCUUCACAUUCAAGGAACACGCACAAUAAUUGACAAUACAGACCUUGGCUAUGAAGUGCUUCCAAUUAAUACACAGUAUGAGGGAAUGAGAGACUGUAUCAAUACCAUAAGGCAGGAAGAAGGAAUGCUUGGUUUUUAUAAAGGGUUUGGUGCUGUUGUAAUACAGUACACGCUGCACGCAGCUGUUUUACAGAUUACCAAGAUUAUUUACUCUACUCUUCUUCAAAAUAGUGUUUGAGAUUUAGAUUCCUGGUUAGUCUGAAAGACAUCAUCUGGAUACUUCGUUAUGAAAUUAUGAGGGAUAAGAGUGAAAUACCGUUGGUGGAAAAUGGAUUAGAAAGUGAAACUGGUAGAAAAAGUCCAUGCUGAUUAUAUUGACUCUUCACUUUUUAAAAAGGUUAUUGGUAUAUAUUUUGGAUUCAAAGUAUUCCAAAUUUGAAAACUGAAUAAAGACACUCAUAUGAAUUAAAUUCUAGCUAGUGUAGCACUAAUGCUGAAC